CCGGAAACGGAAAAUCAAAUGGUUGAGACUUGAAUGAUUUCAAAAUAAAAGUGUUUUUUUACAUUUGGUUGUUUCUAAAUUAAAUUUAGUUUACCAAUUAAUUAAUUGUUAAUUUAAUUUGUUAAUUGUAGGUUUGUAACAAAGUAAACAUGACCAAAGGUACCUCAUCUUUUGGUAAACGAAGAAAUAAGACCCAUACAUUGUGUAGACGAUGCGGUCGAUCUUCAUAUCACAUUCAGAAAUGUAAAUGUGCAUCAUGUGGUUAUCCAGACAGAAGGAUACGUAAAUUUAACUGGUCUGUAAAAGCUAUUAGGAGGAAGACCACUGGAACUGGACGUUGCCGACACUUGCGAAGAGUUCAUAGACGUUUCCGUAAUGGUUUCCGAAGUGCUCCUAUCAAAGCUCCCCAACAGCAACAACAGCAACAACAAGCUUCAUCAGCUAAAUAAUCUUGCUUCAACUAAUAGAUCGUGGUAAUCAAUAAAAAAAGAUAAUUUAAAAAACAUCAA